AUGGCUAAGGUAAAAGUCCAAGUUGACCUAACUAAAGCUAGACCUAGACAUGUAUGGAUUGGACUAGAUGAGGCAGAUCUUACCAUAGGGAGAUGGCAAACCAUUGAAUAUGAAAGUAUUCCUCCUUAUUGUGAAUAUUGCAAACAUCAAGGACACAUGAUAUAUGAGUGCAACUUCAAAAUAAGGGAUGAGGAAUAUAAGCAAAGGAAGGAGCUGGAAGUCGAAAAGAAAGACAAGAAUAAAGGUGAACAAAUACCAAAGAGCAAUGACAACAAACAAACCAAGGCACAAGAGAUUGAAGAGGAGCAAAACCAAAACAACAAAGAAGCUAGACAUCAAAGACAAACUGUGCAGCAAAAGGAUGAAGAAUGGCAAACACAAAAAAGAAAAAACAACAAGCAGCAUGAGGAAAAACCUCAGAAAGCAGUGUGGAGACCUACCUCACCACAAAACAGGAGGACAACCCAACAAGCAGGUAUAACGAAUAACUCUAAUCAUAAUUCAUUUACUAAUCUGACCAUGCAGGAAGUGCAACAUGAAGACAAGGAGGAGCCUACCAGAAAUGGAAGGACACAAACACAAGGAGUAAAAGACAGGUCUGUAACAGACCAGCACCAAGCAACUCAGGCAUUAGAAAAGGGAAACAAGGAAUACAACAAGAGCACAGGUAUUGACUCAAUGCUCCCAAUCCCCACACACCCUAAUAAUGUAUCUAUUGAAUGCAAUGAUGAAGUUGAAGGAGGGAUGGAUGGGGGAAGUCAGGAGAAACAUGCUAACAUGCAGGACGGGGUAUCCAAAGGGGGGAAUUUGACUCAUGUUUUGCAUGAGGGGGUACACACUGACCAUAGUCCAGACCUUAGAACCUCUGCAACCACUACUGCUCAACAACACAACACGCAACAACAACAACAACAUCUGCAACAGCAGCAGACAGUAAAUGCAAAUCGCAAUAAUGAACAACAGGGUACCAUUACUGAAACAGGGCAGAAGAAACACAAUGUCUAG